UUAAUAUGGCGACCUCGUGGCCGAGGCUCAAUGUUACAUCUCCGCACAGUUUGUAGCAGCAGCAGCAGCAGCUCUGUUUAUAUCGAGUGGGGUGUUAAUCCAACACACAUACGAUCUUAAAAUGUUUUCAGCUGUAGUUCGGAGCCGGACUCCGGUCUCUCUCGUGCUGUCUCCUCGGUUUGGUGUUGUGCUCGAGAGCGUGCGGGGCAGAAAGUCUCGCACUGACCCGAAAGCUAAGUCCAAAGCGGGCCGAAUCAAGACCCCGCCCCCGGUGGACCCUGUGGAGAUGGUGGUGCUGAAGGAGCGCUACACUGAGUACAACCUCAUCAUGCGGGCGCUGAGGUUGCAGUUUAAAGAGGAGAUGCUGAGAAAGCGAUAUGAAGAAGAGACUGGCUCUUUAGCAGAAGAAAGAGCCAAGCAGGAGGCUGAGGAACACAGAUCAUUAAUGGACUGGAAUGAUGCAGAAAACCUCAGAUUGCGAAAAAUCCGUGAGCUGCGUGUGCAGACAGAGACUGAGGCUUCUAAACAGAGGAGGGAAGAGGCAGCGAUUUUGCGUCAACAAGAGUUUGAGAAUUACAUAAAAGAAAAAGAGAGAGAAAUCCUGCAGUUACAGGAAGAGGCAAAGAACUUUAUUACACUGGAAAAUUUGGAUCAGCGGAUUGAAGAGGCAUUGGACAACCCCAAAAACUACAACUUUGCAAUAAAUAAGGAGGGACAAGUGGCCAGACGAACUGUGCAGCAAUAAACAGCAUUGAUCAAAACAUCAGGAUUAAAGAGACUGAAAAAUAUUGCAUGUCUUUCUACGAGUGCUGUCAAACCUAUAUGACUAUAUGUCCACUGUAAUUAUGUUUCCUAAGUAAAAGUUUGUGUUUCAGUUAUAAA